CCAGCACAAUGUCAGCGCCGGCCACGCGGCCUGUGUCCAGCACCAAGGAAGAAGCCUUUGCAGAUCUCGACGCACAGGCGGUCAUAGCAGCCAUUGUGACCGACUCGGGUCUAUCCGAAUCGUCAGAGUCUGCGGUGGCGCUCACUGCGGAUCUGGAACAUGUUGUAGUCUCCUCCAAUGUGACCACACCUGUGACAGUAACAGGGGGAGUGCCGCCUGGUCUGGGCAUCAUUGGCAGCAAUAAUUAUGGCACCAUGGGCCUGAGCAGCAGCCUCACUGGUGGCAAUGCUACAAGCGGCGGCGGCGGCGGCGUCACCGCUGCACUCAUGGAAAUGGGCCAUUCGAGAAAUUCCAGUAAUACUAGUCAAAUGUCGAAAGGUUCGGGUUAUAGUAGUUUUUCGCACAGUCAACAUUCGCGGCAGAGUUCCGAAGGUGACUCGGGGCAUGCUAGUCGAUUUAGAAAAUCCGUUUCUCUACUCAAUAGACUUAAUCAGAGAGCUAUAAAUGCGAUGAAAUUAAAUAUACCCGCGUUGCGGCACAAAGCGACGACAACAGAGCAACCGCAGGGAUUGGGUCUACCCGAACCACCGCAGCGCACCACAAAAACCACCACAGUGCACGCCAGUCUGAGCACCACCAUCGAAUAUGUAAGUGAGGAGCGUCUCUAUCAAACGCCCAAUGCCACAAUGAGCGGCAAUGAGCAGGCGGCGUUCGAUGAGUUCCGUACGCCCAUGUGUGAGAUACCCAAUCCUUUGCUGUCGCAGUCAUAUGCCACGCCCAGCUAUCGCAGCGCUGGCUCGCCCGCGCACGCCACACAGUAUUAUGACAGCGAGGAGACGAGCGAGAAUGAUGAGGAGUACAUGAACGAGGAGGACUCUGGUGAUAAUGACUCGGGUCUGGAAGAGAAUUUCCAUACGCCGCGUGUGGCUAAGAUUAAGUCCAUGGAGAAUCUGUCCAUACUCGAAAUGGAGUUUCAUAAAGCGUCCAUGGAGCUGGACCGCAAUUCGCCACGCAGGCUGAAGCAGUUGGCGGAACAUGCGAACAUAACCAAAAUGAAAUCGCUUAACAAUCUCUGCUUCGACGACUACUCGGAGGCAGCAACGCGUGAGGAGUUUCAGCGCAUACGUGAGCAAUCGCUGGAGGAGCGUCUGCGCUUCCAGCAGCACAAUCAUCAUCAUCUGCAUCAUCAUCAUCUGCAUGCGCAUGCGCUGCGCAAGAAUUCAAACUCAUCGAAUGGCUCGUCGGGCAAACUGUUUGUCAAGCAUCAAAGCCAUUUGGCCAAGGUGGGCAAUGCCAAGUUCAUAGGCCAGGAUGGCGCCAAUGAUAGUCCGCAUUAUCCCAUACAAAAGAUGCGCUCCAUGGGCACCAUACCUGAUUUGGUGACCGAACGCAUUGAAGCCGAUCCGUUUCUCACUCCCACCUCAGAGCGCCGUCCCAGCUUCAGUCGCCUCAUCCAAUCGGCCGAUAAACCACCCCUGGGCAUUAGCUAUGUGAAUCGUCUGCUCACCUACGAUGUCGUCGACUCGCCAGCCGAGAACAUGUCCUUCAUGUCCCGAACGCCGUUCGAGCGCGCCUACAGACGCACCAUGCUACAGGGCACCGCCUCCACACCACUCGCUGCCAGCCUGGAUGCCCCCAGUCACGCUCGUCCACAUUCCACAAAUGCUGCUUACGAGCUCAUGAGAAGCUUUAGCGGCGUGCCACGUCGUCUGUUUGAUGCCAGCAACAGUUGCAAUAACAACAGCGGCAGCAACACCAGCAGCAACAACAGCAGCAGCAGGCAACAGGCAGCAACAACAACAGCAGCAGCAGCAGCAUCAGGACUGGGCAGCAGCUCUUCGCCCUGCGGCACUUUGGCCAGCAUACACUCGAAUCAUUCGGCUUCAUCAUCGAAUGGCAGCAACAGCAGCAGCAGUGGCGCUUUGAUAACAUUCCAAUGUAAUCCACACUGCGGUCAGGACAGCGUCGAUGGUUUUUCCAGUCAUCAGUCGCAGCAGCUGGGCUCACCCAAUGGCCAUGCCAGCAGUCCCCGACUGGGCAAUGUUAUGUCAGGCGAUGCGCUCAGUUCGUUGGCGGCGAGUCCGACAGAUGCAUGCAGCAUACGCUCGAAUCCUUCGGCUGCUUCCUUAUUGCUGUCCACCUCUGCGGCCGCAGCGGAAGCCUCAGCCAUGUGCUCAGCCACCUCGAUGUCCAUGUCGGGCGCCACACUCUCCCCGCUGGCCACCACACAGAUUAUACGUCGUCCCAGCAUUACCAUGAUGAAUCCCAGCUCCGGCUCGUUAGUUAUAAGUGAAACAGGAUCUCUAGAUCGUACGAAAAACAGCGGCGAAAAGCGCAAGAAGAAUGCACUGGACGAUGGGCCACGUGUCUCGGACCGUGUGGAGGAGACGCGUGUCAAUCCAGACUCCUUGAUCGAUGAGAUUUUGAAGGAUACCAAGCUGGAUCAGCUGGAGGAGUCGGCAGAGACAUCGGGUUUACAACUUUACAUAGCACGCGAUGGCACCGCCUCGCUGGGUGGACAUGAGGUCAAGUCAAGCGUGCGAGCUGGCGCCUUCAAGCAGGUUGUGAUGCAGGAUCGAAGAUAGUAGCUACGCUAAUGCAGGCGCGUGUUUUUUUUUUAAUGUAUUA